UUUUUUGCACAUUUUCACAUAUAUCCUCUUUCCCUUUCCUAAAAUUCCUUCGAAAAUCAACAGGUACAGUGGAAUACGUCCAACUUUGGCCAAGUAUAAAAGCCAUUUUAUCUUCUUCUAACACUAGCAACAACUACAAGAGUCCGGUGACCCUCAAGACCUUAUUCUUUAACCAUGCCUUCCCCUUCCGCUCCUUGUUCUGCACUCUCUCUGUCGGAUCAACUAAAUCUCGUCGACAAACUCGAAGUGUUCAAGAUCCAAGGCCGAGACAAACUCGGUCGCAAGGUUCUUCGCAUCAUCGGAAAGUUCUUUCCCGCUCGGCUUGUGAGCAGGGAGGCUCUGAACAAGUAUUUGGAAGACAGAGUUUUCCCAAACCUAAACGAGAAGCCUUUCUCAGUGGUGUACGUUCACACAGAUGUUCAACGGAGCGAAAACUUCCCCGGAAUCUCCACCCUCCGGUCAAUCUGCGAGGCCAUUCCCGGCGAGGUCAAGGAAAAUCUUGAAGCUGUAUAUUUCGUUCAUCCGGGAUUACAGGCCCGUCUUUUCCUAGCCACUUUUGGUCGCUUCAUUUUCAGCGUAAGGUUGUACGGGAAGAUAAACUACGUGUCCAGGUUGCAGUUUCUGUGGGACCAUGUGAGGAGGACUGAGAUGGAAAUUCCGAAAUUCGCGUAUGAUCAUGAUGAGGAGCUGGAGUACCGUCCUAUAAUGGGUUUCGGGUUAGAGAGUGAUCAUCCCGGUGCGCUUCCCAUGUUGGACUCUCCUCUUUACAUGUAUUCCACGCGCUGCAUCGCAUAGGAAUACGGCUCUAAUCAUUUGAAGAAUGGAUCGGUUCUUGGGAAGUUUCCGUUUUCAUGGUUUCGUGUGUUUGCUUUUGUUGAUAUUUUGUACAUAGUGAGUUUGUGCCUUUUGUUUGUUUUUUACUGUGUGGAUCUACUUUUGUUAUAAAAUGAAAAUCAGUGUCCUCGACAAUGACACGUGAUCCUCACUCGUAAA